AUGGCUCCCCACUUCAUAAUCGGGCUCCCGAAAAAAUAUUCUAGCAAGGGGAAUAAGUGUGUUCCACCAACCAACGACUUUAUCAUAGGGACCUGGCACGUAACUCACUCGAGCCUACCGCUCUGGAAGGGGAAGUGCAAUGUCAACAUCACUUACGAAAUCCUCCCCGCCGACUCUUCCGGGGUGACUAGGAUAGAUGAUAUUGUUAAGUACCAAGCUAUCGGCUCUACGAAAAUCAAGACUGUCCAUGGUGUGGACAGACCAACCCCACAGAAUCAAGGUGCCUGGGAUUGGCGAGGCAAAGGCUUACUGAUGUUCGCCAGCUCACAUUGGGAGUGCCUUGGUUUUGGUCAUACAGAUGAUGGUAACCAGUGGAUUGUCACCUAUUUCACCAAAACCCUCUUCACUCCUGCUGGCAUUGACAUUUACUCCCGAAACAAAGACGGGCUUUCCCAGACUACUAUCGAUGGGAUACUCGAAGCUCUUAAAAACCUUGAAAAUGAAGAAAUAUUGGAGUUUGCCAACAAUAUAUUCCAGAUCCCGCAAAACUAG